UGUAUCACUUCACAAUUAACAUUCAACAAAUUAACAUUUAUUUUGAAUAAAUUGGAGAACUAUCUAUCGGGCGUUGAUUCAAAUUCGAGAAGAAGAAAAACAAUGGCUAAAAUAUUUCUAAUUGUCGCCUUAGCUGUACUUUCCAUCUUGGCAGCUACAACAGUUGUAAAAGCUGAUUUAGACAGAAAUCAGGCUAUGGCUGUCCUCAAAGCGAAAGCCGAUGAAUGCAAAAAGGAAGUGAAUGCCAAGGAUUCUGAUGUCGAGGAGUUAGCCACAAGAAACCCAGCAUCCACCAAAGAGGGCAAAUGUCUAAGAGCUUGUCUAAUGAAGAAGUUUGAUGUGAUGGACGAAAAUGGAAAGUUUGUUGCCGAUGUUGCUGAAAAGCAUGCCGCCAAAAUUACCAAUGGCUCAGCCGAUGCAAUGAAAAUAUCUCGUGAAAUUAUUGAUGCUUGUGCCAAUAUUGAGGUGUCGUCGGAUCACUGUGAAGCAGCAGAGGCUUAUGGAAAAUGUUUCAAGGAUCAAGCAGCAGCCCAUGGCAUUAAUCACGAUUAUGAGUUUUAAGAAGCGGAUGUGAAUUGUUGCAACUACAACUACAUGCUAUAUCUAUAGAGCCCGAAUAUAUAUAUUCAACCAGUUUAAUAAUAAUAAUAAAUAUU